AUGGUUUCAUCAUCGCUCCUGUCCGUUCUUUCUCUCGCCCUCGCGGCGCUCUCGCCCGUUGCAGCUGUCACAGUCCGCAUCAACGAGCUCGGCGACAGCAUCACCGGCUCUCCUGGCUGCUGGCGCGCGCUCCUCUGGCAAAAGCUCCAAAACGCCGGCAUCACCAACACCGAUUUCGUCGGGACGCUCCCCGCGCAGGGCUGCGGCUUCACCUACGACGGCGACAACGACGGCCACGGCGGCUACCUCGCGACGGGCAUCGUGUCGGACAACCAGCUGCCGGGCUGGCUCGCACAGACGCGCCCCGACAUCGUCACCAUGAUGCUCGGCACCAACGACGUGUGGAACCACCUGGCCACGUCGACGAUCCUGGCCGCCUUCACGACGCUCGUGGGCCAGAUGCGCGCCCAGAACCCCGACAUGGUCAUCAUGGUCGCGCAGAUCACGCCCAUGAACCCCAGCGGCUGCUCGGACUGCACGUCGGGUGUCGUGGCGCUCGAUGCUGCCAUCCCGGCGUGGGCGGCUGGGAUCUCGACGAGUCAGAGCCCCGUCACGGUCGUGGAUCUGUUCGAGGGGUAUAGCACGAGCAGCGAUACGGUGGACGGGGUGCACCCGAAUGAUUCCGGGAAUACAAAGAUUGCGAAUGCGUGGUUCGCGCCGAUGAGUGCGGCUAUUCAGUCUUUCGGAUCCGGCUUCCCAUCGCCGCACUCGCACAAGUACACCGAACAUGCUGGCGAACGAGACCUAGACCUUCUCCCGCGACGUGUGGUGCGUCUACCCCUGAGCGGCACCUACUCGCGCUUUCAGCGCACCAUCAUUUGGUACGUACCAGUCAACUUGAUUUCUCCUUUGCCCGUGGGCCAUCGGGCAGUGGGGCCCGGCGGUGGCGCUGAGGGUCGGUCUGGUCGUGUCGUGCGUGCUUCGUAUGCGUUUCCGACGAAGGAGGAGGACGAGGAGGCGGCGGUCGAGGGGCCGAGUCUGGAGGACACGGAAGGGUACAGGCCCGACGACCCGUUUGUGUAUGCUGAUACCUCGAUGGGCAGCAAGUGGUAUUGUAAGUUCCGGCUGAUCAGGCCAUUCCUGUAUGAGUGGCGCGACCUCAAGGUGUGGUGGGAGGAUCCGGUUGAUGGGCCGUAUCGUCAUAAGUAUAAGGGAAUGAGAGAUCCGGCUGCGUCUUCACUGAUGGACGGACAUGCAGGGGAAGUGCCCGGCCAGAAUGUAUAG